AUGGCGGAGCCACAAUACGAUUGGCACGAAGAAGGUCUGUUCCAGCCCAUGCCUAUGUUUGCAUCGUCUGAGCACGAGGCAGGCGGCGUCGACAACACCGACGCCGACAAAGGACCGGCAGCCUCUUUCGGGAAAAACGCGCCAAGGUUAUUGUACGGGAAUACUUCUCGAUUCGGCGUGUUGAAGGGGUCUAUCGCCGCCAGGAAGGCUAACGUCGCAGCUGCCGCAACCGCAGCCAAAGCCCGGGGUUUCCAAGCCGAAACCUCCACCUCUGAAAUUGAGCGAAAUGCAACGUUAAGCAAGGACAGGAGCAGCGGAGAACUGGAAAGAGUUACCACCACUACUACCGAUACCGCUACUGUCACCGUAACAGCAAGGUUUACCAACCAUCUGGACGACAGCCACGCUAUAGGACCUGCAGAGGAGUCCGGUGUACUCUUCAAUGAUACAAUCACGUCAAACCAUAGACACGGCGACGGGAAGCAAGCCAACCUCGAGGAGCUGGGUUCGAUGGGCUCCUUCUAUGAGCUUCCCAAGGUCUCCAGCGCAGCCGAUCUCAUUCGCACCGCUUCCCACGACAAAAGCUUCCACAGCUUGUCGCAAGCGCGGGGGCUCCGGCAAGCGAAUGUCCCGACCGCAUACUCCGAUGUUGCAAGCACCGGGUACUACCGCCCGAGCGACCGCAUAGGAAGGCUGUACACAUCGACCGCGGCAGCGCUGACGUCAACUUCGGCCCAACUGGUAGCAAAGGCGGCCGCUACCCUCGCCGUUGCCGCUGGAGCCCCAGCAGGGAGCGGAAGCGGAGGGAUCGGGGUUGUCGGCGGUGGCGGCGCUAGCAACAGGACUCGCAACGCCGUGGCCGGUGGUAAGCUAGUCACGGCGCCGUUCGCGGUAGAGUCCCGCAAAAUCCUCCAGACUCUGGCCCUCCAGCCCGCUUCCUCGCGUGGAAAGCUCAGUGCGACCUUGUCGCUCGGGAGGUCCUCAGCAGGAGAUGGACGGGGCGGAAACCAGUCUCCCUCGCCGACCGGUGGCUCCACCGCUACGGAGGCGUUCGGCUCGCCCACCAGCGGCGGUAGUGAGCGGGGAGAUGACUUAGACUCGCCAGGGAAACUCAAGCCAGUCGUAAUAGAUUCAGCGCAGGACACUCGGACUCAGCUGAGGGAGAUGCGGUCGCCUCCGCGAGGGAGACGGCUCCUCGAUGCUAAUCCGUCCAUCAGCAGCGUGACGCCGUCUAGCGGAGGGGUGAGGGCCCGUUCGAAGGGGGGAGGGGGGUACGCGGUGAACGACUUCCGGUCGUGGAACCCGGCCGUGCUGGAAGAAGUCGGCAAUAGUGGUGGCCAGGACGAGACCCCAGGUGACAAAGGAGCUGCAGGUGGCGGUAACGAAGGAGGCAAGGGUGUCGUGGCGGACGAAGCGGAGAGGCAAAAGGAGUCAAUCGAUCGCUAUUGGGUGAACGUGGAGGACAGGAUGCUAAACGGCUCGUCGAACGCCCUCGGCGCCGGGGCCAAGUCCCCCCUUCUCGAGCUUCCCCCGGAACGGGUCGAUGGAAUAACCUCGCGUCUAGCCUUCGAGCUUCGAUUCAUCCCCGGUAUCGAGCUGGGUGCCUACCAGGCCUACGCAGAGGCCGCCGUCAACAGCAUGCUGGAGGACGUACAGGUUGGGCACUCCGUCUCAGUGGCGAGGACCGUCGUGGACUACGAGCUGAAAGAUCCCGAACGGCGGAAGGCGCUGGGUAUAGAGCGCGAGCAUCUCACGGCCGGCCCCAGGUGGUACCAGUGCCAGGAAUACCUUAUCCCGGAGUGGAGGGUGCUGCGGCAGACCGGAGUUUCCCGGGCUCGCGUGCGCCGGUCCGCCCUGCUCCUGAAGCGUAAGCUCUGCUCGGUGGAGACGGUCAUGGUAGGGCUGGAAAAGCUGUGGCAUUCCGGGGUGGUUCCGGGCGACUGGGACACGGCCACUUUCGGGGGUUCCAGCGAUGUGGUAUACGCGGACGUCCUUUUCACCGACGUCACGACGGCCACCUUCUGGUCCACGCUGCCGAUGAGCCUAGACUCGUUCUGCUCGCACAUGGAGAGGCGCGCCAACGAGUGCAGAGAGGCAAUGCAGGAGUUCUGGCUCUCGGACGCCGCGGGUCUCGUGGGGCAAUACGUGGGUCCCCUGGUUCAAGCCAUCCAGGCGAUGAAGGGAAAGGGGGGCGGGAUGGGGGGCACAAGAGGAGCAGGAGGGUGGAACGAUACUGGGCGGCACCUUGACGGCGCCGCAGUGCAGCUUCGACCGGGUUUCCGGGAAGAAGCAGGCGGCGACACCCAGGGAGGGGACGGGUUAGGAGGCGUCGAUGACAUAGACGCGGACGAGGAGUUCGACCAGUGGUUCGAGCAAAGUCCUGCCGUCCCGUCGAGAGAAUGGGGCCCCGGUGAACGGCGCACAAGAGGGAACAGCGCCGCGUCCGAGCGCGGCAGCAGCGGGGACGACAAGGAAGAGACCCAGACGUUGAUGGAGAGGAGGAUGGAGUUGGAAGCGGGGCUUGCCGGCAGCGGAGACGCGGGAAGAGGCGCGGGUAGGGGAAGCGUUGGUCUACGUGGCGGCGGCGGGGGCGGGGCGGGAAACCGCCAUCGGCCAGGGGGGCGAACCGGGCGAGCCCUCGACCCUUUAGCCAGAUUGACAGGGAUUCUCGAGUCCGUGUCCAUGCUGAUGUCUAGACACCUUAGGGGCACCGUGGAACGCUCGCUGGGGACGUUUGUCCACCUCUUCGAGCGCGUGAGCCACCCGCACCAUUCCGGAGACGCGACGUUCGUGCUGAUGCUGCACGUCAACGAAGAUGCAUUCGACGACAUCGAAGGCCGAUCUCAGGCGCGUCAAAUGUGCAGAAAAACGUUCGGAGCAGAUGCGGAGGCAAACUGCGAGGACGGCGACGGCAACGCUGCUGCUGCGAGCAGCAGGACGGUCAUGACGGUUGAGCCGACCCUCGAAGAGCUCCAGGGCCACGCGUGCGCCUGCAUUGACCAGAUCGUCUCCGCCAGCCAGAGGUUUCCCCGAGUGGACCAGAGCCUCGUCCCUCCGCCGCCGGAAUGCAGCACGAGGACCCUGGGCCCGUGCACGAUGGUUCUCUCGGACGAGAUAGUGGUGGACGCGAAGUCGCGCGUCCGGGCGGCGAUCGCGACCCACAUGGCGGCACCCCUCAGGCUGCUCAAGGAGUUCGAGCCCUUCGUGGGUCUCAUGGACGGCAGCGAAGAGGGCAAGGUGCAGAAAGUUCUCCAAGAGCGCGGGCAGAUGGACUCCACCCAGGCGGGUAUCACCGCCCUCGAGGAGGUCGCGCUGAGGCUCAAGCACCUCGCGCUGGAAAUCCGAGAGGCGGUGCCGGAUCUAAACAACUACCCCAUGUUCUCGGUGAAGUGCCUCGAGGCGACCGAGUCGCUGGCGAAGAAGGCGAACGCCCUCCACACGCUCAUCAUGGAGGAGGUGGCCUCGGACAACCGGACGCACAUGGCCGCCAUCGGCAAGGAGUACCAGGAGAUGGUGAACCAGCUCGUGACCGAGCCGUCGGACUCGGCGGAGCUCAAGUCCCUUCAGGAGUACACUCGCAAGGCGCUAGAGAGGCUGGGAGGCCUGCUGGGCGAGUACACCAACCAGGUCUACAUCCGGACGAACUUCCUCCUCGACCAAGGGUUCCGCCUGUCCCGGGACGACCUCCAGCUGUUCCACACGACCUACAACUGGCCGCACAACGUCAAAGCGUACCUGGCGAGGUCGGCCGAGCUCCAGCGCAGCCGCAAGCAGGACCUCGAGAUGGUGGUGGAGGGGCAGCAGGAGCAGCUCCUCCGGGAGACCGCGGCCCUGGGCAAGAAGAUCGACAAGAUAGCGGAGGCCGGGUCCCUGGUGCCGGGGGACGUGCACAACUGUGUCCGGCGAAUUGUCGCCGUGCAGGAGGCGCUCGACAGGGCCGAGGCCGAGGCGGACAGCAUCCUCGAGCAGGAGACGCUCCUCGGCAUGCCCUUGACCGACAACCUCACCCCGCUGUCAGACCUCCGGGAUUCGCUAGACCCCAUGGCGCGACUGUGGACGACGGCCAAGGACUACCUCGACAGCCACCACACGUGGCUAGAAUCUCCCCUCCGAAACAUUGAUUCCGAAGCGGCGGAGCGGCAGGCGGACGACCUGAUACGGGCGGCCCUGAGAUCCGAGAAGGAGCUAGCGAAGGUCGGCACAGAACGAGCUAUCCCGACUUCAGUGGCAACGGCCCUGUCCAAGGAGAUCAAAGACUUCAUCGAGGACGAGGCGCCCCUGUUGAUGCUCAUGUCCUCCCCCGGCAUCAAGGAGCGCCACUGGCACCAGAUCGUCAAGACCACGGGUAUCUCGUUGCCGUAUGAGCAAGACUUUGUGCUAAGGGACCUCCUCGACGCCGGGCUCCAGAACUUCUGCGCCGAGAUUGAGGAGACUUGCGUGGCCGCUUCCAAGGAGUACUCCUUAGAGAACAAUAUGAACAUCAUGGAGGAGGAGUGGAGCGGCCUCGUGUUUGAGACGAAGGAGUACCGCACGUCCGGCACGAGGAUUCUCGCGUCCGUGGAUGAGACGCAGCAGCUGCUGGACGAUCACAUCGUCAAAACGCAGGCCAUGCGAGGAUCGAGGUACAUAGGGCCGUUUUUGGACAGAAUCGUGGACUGGGAGAAGACGCUCAACGAUCUACAGGACAUUAUGGACAACUGGCUUAAGAUGCAGGCGACGUGGUUGUACCUGGAGCCAAUCUUUUCAUCGGAUGACAUCAUGCGGCAGAUGCCCGUAGAGGGACGGCUGUUCCAGUCGGUGGACCAGACGUGGCGCGAGCACAUGCAGAAGACCUUCGAGGACCCCGCCGUCCUCGCCGUGGCCAGGCGCCAGGGAUUCCUGCAAGCCCUGCAGGACGCGAACGCGAAGCUCGACGUCAUCCAGAAGGGGCUCAACGACUACCUCGAGACAAAACGCCUGGCCUUCCCGAGGUUCUACUUCCUCUCCAACGACGAGCUUCUGGAGAUCCUCGCCGAGACCAAAGACCCGCUCAGGGUGCAGCCGCACCUCAAGAAGUGCUUCGACGGGAUCUCGCAGCUGGAAUUCCAGCCCAACCUGGACAUCACCGCCUGCCUGGACCCCGGGGACGAACGGAUUGACUUCCCCUACGAGCAGGUGAAGCAUACGAUGGUGAACCCGAACAACUCUGGCGGAAACGUGGAGCGCUGGCUCGUGGAGGUGGAGAUCAUGAUGAAAAAGGGCCUGGCCUACUCCAUCGACACGUCCAUGGUUUCUCAUGCGUCCUCCGACAGGUUGGACUGGGUCCAAAAAUGGCCGGGACAGGACGUGUCUCCACUGAGGGACAUCCUGCCCGUCGCCAAGCCAUUCGCAGCUCCACACUACGGCACCUCCUCAUCUCAGCGGCAGUGCUCAGAUCCGAAGGCAUUCUUCGGACCAUUCGUUGAACUCCACCGUGGCCGGCGGCCAAGCUCCGAAGGACUCCAUCGCUCCCUCUGGGUGAUGCUGGUCGUCAACCAGCAAGCGUGGACGCAUACCCUCGAGACCGUCAUCACGCACAUGAAAGAGGACCCGGAAGCCUUGAAGAAGCACUGGGAGUUCUCCUGCGAGGAGCUGCUCCGCACCGUGGAGCUCGUGCGGACGGACAUCAACAAGAACCUGCGGACGUCCCUCGGGGCCAUGGUCGUGAUGGACGUGCACAACCGGGACACCACCGAGGAGCUCGCCUCACUCAAGAUCUCCGACGUCGGAGAGUUCGACUGGCUGGCGCAGCUCCGGUACUACUGGGAGGUGGGGGGACAGUCUGCCUUUUCUGGAGAACCGGGCUCGAUCACGUGCAAGAUGAUCAACGCGAUCCAGCUGUACGGGUACGAAUACCUGGGAAACAACGGCCGACUGGUCAUCACACCCCUCACGGACAGGUGUUACCGCACACUCAUGGGAGCGAUCCACCUUAAUCUCGGCGGAGCCCCCGAGGGUCCCGCGGGUACCGGCAAGACAGAGACGACGAAGGACUUGGGCAAGGCCAUCGCCAUCCAGUGUGUGGUCACCAACUGUUCCGAUGGCCUGGACUACUUGGCUAUGGGGAAGUUUUUCAAAGGCCUCGCGUCCUCCGGCGCGUGGGCCUGCUUCGACGAAUUUAACCGUAUCCAGCUCGAGGUGCUCUCGGUGGUGGCACAACAGCAUAUCUGCAGGAGGUUGACCGCUCUCUGCACACGACGUGUGGUUACCCUGGGUUGCAUUCUCGGCCAGGUGCUGUGUAUACAGCAGGCCAAGGCGAGAGGCCUCAAACGCUUCGUCUUCGAAGGGACCGAGCUCAACCUCGUGCACACGUGCUGCCCGUUCAUCACAAUGAACCCGGGGUACGCCGGCCGGGCCGAGCUCCCCGACAACUUGAAGGUGUUGUUUCGGACGGUGGCGAUGAUGGUGCCCGACUACGGCAUGAUCAGCGAGAUCAUCCUGUACUCGUUCGGGUACACGGACGCCAAGAAGAUGUCGGUCAAGAUCGUCACCACUUACAAGCUCUGCUCCGAGCAGCUCUCCUCGCAGUCGCACUACGACUACGGCAUGCGCGCGGUGGUGGCCGUGCUGCGCGCCGCGGGGAACCUGAAGCGCUCCGACGCCCACCUCCCGGAGGACAUCUUGGUCCUGAGGUCGAUCAUAGACGUGAACUUGCCCAAGUUUCUGUGGUUCGACGUCCCUCUGUUCAACGGCAUCGUGUCAGACCUCUUCCCCGGCGUGAAGGUGCCCGACCCGGACAGGGACGCCAUGCGAAAAGCGUUCAACGACGGGUGCAACCACUACAACCUCCAGCCGACGGCGUACUUCUGGGAGAAGGUCGUGCAGAUCUACGACAUGAUGGUGGUCCGCCACGGCUUCAUGAUCGUCGGGCUGCCGUUCUCGGGCAAGACCAUGGCGUGGAAGGUGCUGGCGUUCGCCCUCGGUCUCCUCCACACGAGAUACCCCGAGGAUGUCCGCUGGUCUAAGGUAAUACCGUUCCUGAUGAACCCCAAGUCCAUUGCGAUGGGGCAGCUGUACGGCCAGUUCGAUCCCACUUCGCACGAGUGGACGGACGGAGUCCUCGCCAUUCAGUACCGGAACGCCGCCUCGAACAAGGCGUUCGAAGUCGUGCAUCACGGCCUCAUGCAUGGCAAAAUCCCCAUGAGGUCCUUUGACGAUGCCGGACAGGUGGGCGAACCGGGAGACCGCAAGUGGAUCCUAUUCGACGGUCCUGUGGACGCCAUUUGGAUCGAAAACAUGAACACCGUUCUCGACGACAACAAAAAGCUGUGCCUCAUGAGCGGAGAGAUCAUUGCCAUGUCGGGCGUGAUGUCGAUGAUGUUCGAGCCCAUGGACCUUCUCGUAGCUUCUCCAGCCACCGUCAGCCGUUGCGGGAUGAUCUACAUGGAGCCAGAAAAGUUGGGGUGGCAACCUAUCCUGGACUCCUGGAUCAGACGCAUCGACACCGUCCUUCUAUUCUAUCCUUUGAAGGUGCCAACCGUAGACACAAAUCUGGUGCAGUCCCUCAUAAACAUCAUGGAGUGCCAGCUAGAAGAGGCAUUCGAGACGACCCGGGGGGGAGAGGCCGGGGGCCGCAAGCAGUCUUUAUCGAAGUCGAAGGCCUCCGCGGGUGCCGAGGAAGCAGAGGCCAUGGACACAAAGACGCUUGCCGUGCGCGCGAAGCACAUAGAGUGCUGCUUUAUGUUCGGCCUGGUAUGGUCGCUGGGCAGCACCGGGGUCGAGGCCGGUCAGAAGGCGUUCUUGGAGUUCCUGGACAACAUCGUCGCCGAUCUGGGAGUGAUCGAAAACGAGUGGGAAGGGGUCAACAACGCGCUUCAGGUCAGAAAAUGGAGCCCACCGAACUUCGCCGAGAAGGGAAGAGCGUUCUCCGGCAAGCUCUCCAAUCCGUGCCCGGUACGGGACGGCGGUCCUCGAGCGCACUUCUACAACCCAUUGCGGGGGGAGUGGGUCCAGUGGGUGAACAUGCUGCCGGAGCUUCAGAUUCCCGACGCGGCCACGAUGGGAGACAUCGUCGUGCCGAACGCCUACACGGCCCAGUACAACUCCCUUUUGACCCUUCUGUUGAACCGCGACAAGAAGACGAUUGUGUGCGGGCCGACGGGUACCGGCAAGUCGACAUAUGUUUUCAAGACCAUCACUCAGGCACUGGCCCAGGACAAGUUCAAGCCUCUGACUCUGGGGUUCAGCGCCAAGACAAGCGCAAACAUGACGCAAGAUAUCAUUGACGGAAAGCUCGACAAAAGGCGCAAAGGUGUAUACGGUCCGCCCAUGGGGCAGACCGCCAUCAUAUUCGUGGACGAUCUCAACAUGCCUGAGGUGGAGACCUACGGGGCUCAGCCCCCGCUCGAGCUCCUGCGGCAGAUGAUUGACAACGGCGGCUGGUACAACCUGAAGGACAUGACGUGGCAGACAGUUGUGGACACCGUUGUCGUCGGCGCGAUGGGACCUCCUGGCGGGGGCAGGAACCACAUCACCCCGCGGUUCCUUCGGCACUUCAACAUUCUCUGCUUCCUUGAGUUCGACGACAGCACUCUCACGAGAAUCUUCAAGACCAUCGUUGAUUGGCACUUCAAUCUCAACAAGUGUUCCGCUGACAUCAAGGCGACCACCGGGGCUAUUGUUGGAGCCACCCUGGACACUUUCCGCUCCGCGACGAAGAACCUUCUACCUACUCCUACCAAGAGCCACUACACCUUCAACCUCCGUGACUUCAGUAGGGUGAUUCAGGACGCUGUCGGCAAGUUGUUAAAGAUGCCUGGAGGCAACGGUCUGCUCGUCGGCGUUGGUGGGUCCGGAAGGCAGAGCUGCACAAGGCUGGCCGUCCACAUGGCAGACUAUACACUGUUUCAGAUCGAGAUUAGCAAGAACUACGGCCACACGGAGUGGAGGGAAGACUUGAAGACGGUCCUCAAGGGGGCUGGGACCGGAAACACCCCGGUGACAUUCUUGUUUUCUGACACUCAGAUUAUCAACGAGUCGUUCGUAGAAGACAUCAACAACAUGCUCAACUCGGGGGAGGUUCCCAACAUCUUCCCCAACGACGAGAGGGUGGCCAUCUGCGAGGCGAGACAUGGUGCUGCGGUAAGACCUUUCGCGAAGAAAAUUUACGGGAAAGCGGCGAUGGAGAUGUCCCAGCCCCAGCUGUACGCCUACUUCCUGACCCGCGUUAGGGCUAAUCUCCACAUUGUGCUCGCCUUCUCGCCCAUCGGCCAAGCCUUCCGAGAUCGGCUGAGAAAGUUCCCUUCGCUCAUCAACUGCUGUGCUAUAGAUUGGUUCACGGCGUGGCCCGGAGAUGCCCUCGUGGCGGUGGCGGAGAUGUUCUUGGCCAGCGUCGAGUUCGACUCGGAUGGCACCCGCCGCUCUAUUGUGGAGAGCUGCCAGCGAUUUCACGAAGACACCCGGGUCCUGUCCGCGGAGUUCUUGUCGAAGCUCAAGCGUCAGAACUACGUUACGCCGACAAGGCUUGCUUGGUUGGUCUGUAAGGGUGUCGACACUAUGCUGAUUGACCAGGAAGAGCUGGAGGCUCUUAAGCCCGUCCUGGCGCAGUCCCAGAUGGACACCGAGGUGCUCAUGGAUGAGAUCAAGGACAAGCUCCCCGGCGUGGAGCUUAAGCGGACGGAGGUCCAAGCCGACGCCGCCGAAGCCGAGGCGGAGGCAGCGGAGUGCCUGAAGGGCAAGCAGUCCGUCGAGGCUGAUCUGUCCGUCGCCAUGCCCGCACUGGACGCUGCUAUCAAGGCCCUGGACACAAUCAAGCAGUCCGAGACCAAUGAGGUGAAAGCCCUCGCCAAGCCGCCCAUGGGCGUAAAGGUGGUCUGCGAGGCCGUUUGCGUCAUGCUCGGCAUCAAGCCGGUUAGGAUACCGGACCCGGAGGACCCCUCUAAGCGGAUCAUGGACUUCUGGGGCCCCAGUCAGAAGAUGCUCGGCGAGGCCGACUUCAUCGCGCAGCUCAAAGGGUACGACAAGGACAACAUUCCCGCCAAGACAAUGGCGGAGAUCCGGAAGAAAUACGUGACGGACCCUCGUUUCACUCCUGAGGCGGCCGAAAAGGCCUCGAAGGCCGCGGCAGGGUUGUGUAAAUGGGUGUACGCCAUGGAGACCUACGACAGGGUCGCGAAGGCAGAGCUUCAAGCGGUGGAGGACGGCCUCGCCGCGCUGCAAGGGCAGUACGAUGACGCUUUGAAGAAGAAGGCGGACUUGGAAAACUCGGUGGACAACACCAACAAGAAGCUCGAACGCGCGACGACGCUGAUUGAGGGCCUAGGGGGCGAGAAAGCGCGGUGGCUGGAGUCCGCAGACCGCCUGGGGGUGAAGUACGUAAAUCUCACAGGAGACGUGUUGGUGUCGGCCGGUGUGAUGGCCUACCUGGGUCCCUUCACGGCCACCUUCAGGAACGCGCAGCUGGGGGAUUGGGUGUCGCUGUGCAAGGACAAGAACAUCCCGUGUUCCGCCAGCCCUACUCUGUCGGGCACGCUUGGGGACCCGGUAAUAGUCCGCCAGUGGAACAUCGACGGGCUCCCAACAGAUGGUUUCAGCGUGGACAACGGCAUCAUCGUCUUCAACGCCAGGAGAUGGCCGCUAAUGAUCGACCCUCAAGGGCAAGCCAAUAAGUGGAUUCAAAACCUGGAACGGGAGAACAAGCUGACCGUGAUCAAACUCACCGACGGGGACUACCUGCGGACUCUCGAGAAUGCCAUUCAGUUCGGGCAGCCGGUGCUUCUGGAAAACGUGGGCGAAGAACUGGACCCUUCGCUGGAGCCGCUGCUGCUCAAGCAGAUCUUCAAGCAGGGCGGGUGCGAUUGCAUCCGGCUGGGAGAUUCAACCGUGGAGUACAGCAAGACGUUCCGAUUCUACAUCACGACCAAGCUGAGGAACCCGCACUACCUACCUGAGAUCAGCGUUAAGGUCACCCUGCUCAACUUUAUGAUUACCCCAGAAGGACUACAAGAUCAGUUGCUCGGCAUUGUGGUCGAGAACGAGCGGCCAGAUCUGGAAGAGCAGAAGAACAAGCUUAUCCUUGCGGGAGCGGAGAACAAGCGCACCCUUAAAGAGAUUGAGGACAAGAUCCUUCAUAUCCUAUCGUCUUCGGAGGGGAACAUCUUGGAAGACCAGACGGCCAUCGAGACGUUAUCCCAGUCAAAGGCGAGACACAUCGCACAUAUCAAGGAUGUGGAGUAUUGCCAACAGGUACUUUCCGAUGACAUCAAGGUGAAGCAAGUGGUCGCGGACAAAACGGAGAAGGACAUCGAUGAGGUUCGCCGGGGGUACACGCCGAUCGCCUACUCCAGCCAGAUCCUGUUUUUCUGCAUCUCCGACCUGGCCAACAUCGAGCCGGUGUACCAGUACAGCUUGACCUGGUUCAUCAACCUCUUCGUGUCGAGCAUACACAGGAGUGAAAAGAGCAGGGACAUCCCCACACGUCUCGAGAAGUUGGACACGCACUUCACGUUCGCUUUGUACCAGGCGGAGUGGUUGUUCUUCCUGACCGGGGGUAAUGGGCUCGACAAUCCUCACGAAAACCCCUGUCCUGAGUGGUUGGAGAGCAAGAAUUGGGACGCCUUGUGUCGCCUGGCCGAGCUACCCGCGUUUGACGGCCUGCGGGACGAGUUCGAGUCCCAGCAAGAUGGAUGGAAAGCCGUAUACGACGCAACAGAUCCCGAACAGGAGCCGUUGCCUGGGCGGUGGGCGGCCGAGCUCACUGGAAUUAGAGCACUUUGCACCUUGAGGUGCAUCCGUGCCGACAAGGUUGCAACGGGAGUGCAGAGCUUCGUGGUCUCAAAGAUGGGGGAAAGAUUCGUCAAGCCCCCGGUUUUCGACCUGAACGCGUGCUUCGACGACUCUUCUUGCGUCACCCCGCUAGUUUUCAUCCUUAGCCCGGGUUCCGACCCAAUGGGGGCCGUCCUCAAGGCCGCGGACGGGAUGGGGGUGAAGGUGUCCUACAUCUCGCUGGGCCAGGGACAGGGCCCAGUUGCCGAAAGGAUGAUCGAGAAAGCCCAGGUAGAGGGGUCUUGGGUGGUGCUUCAGAACUGCCACCUCUGUCCCUCGUGGAUGACGGCUCUCGAAAAGACGGCGGAAAGUCUGCACCCGGAUGUGACGAACGCGGCAUUCCGGUUGUGGUGCACGACAUAUCCCUCGGACGUGUUCCCUGUGUCGGUGCUGCAAAACGGCGUCAAGAUGACCAUCGAGGCGCCGAAAGGGCUACGGGCCAACCUCAAGGCAUCUUACAGCUCCGACCCCAUCUCGGAUGACUCCUUCUUCGAGUCGUGCACCAAAGGGCCCGAGUUUCGCAAGCUAUUGUUCGGCCUGUGCUUCUUCCACGCGCUGGUUCAAGAGCGGAGGAUGUACGGGCCGAUCGGGUGGAACAUCCCGUACGAGUUCAACGAGUCGGAUCUCAGGAUUUCGGUUCAGCAGCUUGCCAUGUUCCUGAACGAGAACGCAAGGAAGUCCCCGUCAGCGGUAUCGCAUCGGCAUCGAACCGCAUUCUUCUCGCUGACACCUCUGUUUUCGGCAUUGUCGCCUGCUUCUCGCCACGUCACAGGAGCGCUGUUGUCGUCAAGUGGGGACUAUGUGAUGCCCCCUGACGGCCCGCGUAAGACCUACCUGGAGUACAUCGAGAGUCUACCACUAACGGCCGCGCCGGAAGUGUUCGGCCUCCACGACAACGCCUCAAUCACGAGGGCGCAGAGUGACACGGCGCAGCUCCUCAAGUCCGUGCUGCUCACGGAGUCGAGCGGCGGAGGGUCCGGGGGUGCGGACAAGGAAAUCACCAUCAGCAACGUUGCCGCUGAUAUUCUUUCGAAGGUCCCUGUCGAGUUCGACAUGGAGGCCGCGCAGAUCCGCUACCCGGUGAGAUGGGACGAGAGCAUGAACACCGUCCUUUGCCAGGAGCUGCAGCGAUUUAACAACCUCACUGGCGCUGUCAAGUCGUCGCUCGUCAGCAUCCAGAGGGCGGUCAAGGGGCUUGUCGUCAUGAGCGCUGAUCUAGAGGUGAUGACACGGGUAUUCUGGGGCGUGGUGCUGGGGAACGAGCUGUUUUUCGGGACGAUCCCGACGAUGUGGAAACCCACCAGCUAUCCGUCGCGAAAAUCCCUCGCCGGUUAUGUGACGGAUCUGUUGCAACGCCUCGCGUUCUUCGGGAAGUGGCUAAGGACCAAGCCACCACCGGUGUUCUGGGUGUCGAGCUUCUUUUUCACGCAAGCGUUCCUCACCGGGGCGAGCCAGAACUUCGCCCGCCGGUAUACGAUCCCCAUCGACCAUGUUGGCUUCUCCCAAGAAUCAAUGCCCAAGGUGCUGUUCUCGAGCGCCCCGAUCAUAUGGUUCAAGCCACAGCGAAAGUCAGACAUCGUAGAAACCCCUUCGUACGCGUGCCCGGUGUACAAGACAUCCGACCGCCGGGGGAUCCUCAGCACGACGGGCCAUUCGACGAACUUCAUCUGCUUCAUCGUGCUCGCUACUCACCUCGAGGAGUCACACUGGGUUCAGCGGGGCGUCGCCAUGCUCACCACGUUGGAUGAUUGA